AUGGCGGCGGCUCCGUUCGUCUACUGCGCCCCCUCCGGCGACGGCGGCACCGAUGAGAACGCUCUCCUCAUGGCGGAGCUCCACGGCAACCUCGGCCGCCUCAAAGAUAUUGUAAACAGUCUUACUCGGGGGAAUGGUGGCCCAUCGGCGAUUUUUUCUUUCAACAAAGAUGGAGUUGGUGCGUUGCAUGGUGCGGCAUGCGGAGGCCAUCUGGAGGUUUGCAAGUAUUUGGUGGAGGACCUUGGGGGAGAUGUGAAUGCUCCUAGAAUUGGAAGCGUAGCUCUAGGUGCAACUCCGUUUAUGAUGUCAGCUCAGUCUAGUGAUGUUCCCACUGUCAAGUACUUCCUUGAUCAUGGUGGUGAUCUAAUGAAAGCAGAUGACAAGGGACGCACAAUUCUCCACCAUGCUGUCUCGGCAGGAUGCUGCAAGGUAACAGAGUUCCUCCUUUCAAAAGGGGUGCCAGUCGACAUAGACUGUGGCCGUGGACCACCACUCUUCAUGGCUGCUACAAAUGAGCAGGAUAAGACGCUGAAGAUUUUAUUGGACCACCACGCAAAUCCUAACAUCAUUAUCAGCGGUGCUACUACUCCCCUGCUGAGCACUCUUAUUUACCGUUCAUUGAAGUGCAUGAAGCUACUCAUUAAGGCUGGUGCCAAUGUUAAUUGCAAAGCUUCCACUAUGACACUUUUGGUGUUUGCUACACUGCAAGGAGGUUAUACCAACUUCAUUAAGUUUCUGUUGAAGGCUGGAGCUGAUCCUAAUAUUCCCGAUGAUUUGGGUAGGUUACCGAUAGAGCUUGCUGCAUUACGAGAUUGCAAGGAAGAGGUUGAAAUGUUGCUUCCUUUUACUACGCCAAUUCCAACUGUCCCAGACUGGAGUAUUGAAGGGGUAAUUUCCCAUUUGAAAAAUGAAGAUAAAAAACCAAUGGAGCAACGACACCGUGAAAGAAGACAACGUUUGCUCAAGUCACAGGCUGAUACAGCAUUCAAGCUGAAGGAGUAUAAGAUGGCAUCAGAGUGUUAUGGUCUGGCAAUAGAUCAUGGAGAGAGUGCAACACUGUAUGCAAACAGGAGUGUCUGUAAACUGCUCAUGGGUGAUGGUGAAGGUGCUUUGUCAGAUGCUCUCAGGUGCAGAAUGCUGCGGCCUGAUUGGGCAAAAGCUUGCUACCGUCAAGCUGCAGCUCAUAUGCUACUCAAGGAGUAUAAGCAAGCCUGUGAUGCUCUCUUGGAUGCACAAAACUUGGAUCCUGGGAAUGCUGAGAUUGAACAUGAACUAUGGAAGGCUAGGGAACUCAUGAAGAAUCCUCCUGCCGAAGGUGAGCAGUGA